CCCUUCCGUAGAUAGUAAUAUUAUUGGUUUGAGAUAUAUAUUCAUCUCAACCCACCAACAAAUAGUGUGAGAAACUUUCAAAGUGCAGUACACACUUUUGAAGGGCAAUAAAGGGGGAAACAAGGAGUUUUUUUUUUUUUUUUCUUUUUUUUACUUUUGGAGUUGGUGAAUGGAAAAGGUGAAUAGAUUAGCAGCUGAAAAUGAAGUGCUAAUAAUAAGCAAGAGUUCUUGCUGCCUUUGUUAUGCUGUUAGUGUUCUUCUACGGGAUCUUGGAGUUAGUCCCAUGGUGUACGAGCUUGAUCAAGACCCUGAAGGAAGAGACAUGGAGAAGGCUCUUGUAAGGCUCCAAGGCUGCAACACGCCACCUGUUCCCGCGGUCUUCAUUGCCGGAGACCUCGUCGGAUCAACCAAUGAACUGAUGUCUCUUCACCUUAGUGGAGAUCUCAAUCGAAUGUUGAAACCUUACAAGGCGGUUCAAGAGAACUAGGGCUGAUGGUGAUGAAUGCUAUAUAACCUCGUAUUUGCCAAAAAGUUUAUCAAUUUUAUAUGUUAUGUGUAAUGAAUAAAACCAAACUGUAUGUCAGCAAGGGGUUUGAAAGUUGAUAUGGGCUUUUAUAGCUUAGAAACCUUUUUUCUUUUUUAUAUUUUUAAUCCUUUCCUUAGUCUGAUAAAAUUUAUUUUGUUGUUGAAAACUUGAAAUAUUGUUAUUAUAUCCUUGUAGAAUAUCGUGACGUUGCUAUUUAUUGUUA